AUGAACAGCGAGACUCCACAUAUCGACAACUACGCACUCGUAACGACGCCCAAGAACGAAGCGCCACCGAGCGAGACGACGCCGGACGCCGUGGUACCAGUGACGCCCGCUCCCAUGGUGUCGUUUGCCAAGCUCUUUUCGUUUGCCGACACGACCGACAAGGUGCUCUUGGCGAUCGGGACGCUCGGCUCGAUGGUCAUGGGUGUCGCGCAGCCGCUGCAGAUCGUCUUCUUCGGAAACGUCAUCAACGCCUUCAACCCGACAUCGGGCACAGGCGACGACGCGUUCCGCGAUAGCAUCAACCGCACGGUCAUCCAGUUUGUCAUUGUGGGUGCUAUCGUGCUUGUCACAGGCGUGGCACAAACUGCGUGCUGGUCGAUUGCAGCGUCGCGCCAGACCAAGCGGCUCCGCCACGCGUAUGCAUCGGCCAUUCUGCGCCAGGAGGUCGGCUGGUUUGACGUCAACGAGCCCAUGCAGCUCGCGACCCGCGUCGCCGACACGACGCUCAUCAUCCAAGAAGGCAUGGGUCGCAAGGUCGCGGAUGCGAUCAACUUUACAACCAUGGCGAUCACAGGCAUCGUCAUCGGCUUUGUCUACGGCUGGGACCUCGCGCUUGUGCUCCUCGCGCUCUCGCCAUUCGUGGCCGGCAGUGGCUACUACAUGGUCAAGACGAUUGCGGCCGCGACCCAAGGCGGUGUCGAGGCAUACGCCGAGGCUGGCGGUGUCGCUGAAGAAGCGCUCAGCAACAUCCGCACUAAAAACGCCGCCGAGCGCUUCGCCUCGUUUUUGAGCCAGCACGUUCCACUUCGGACCAAGACGACGCGAAAGCACAUUUCAACCGACGUCCGCAACAACACGGCCAACGUCAAGCUCACGAUCGUGGCCGAGAUCGCGCCGCUUUGCAAGGACGACCUCGUGAUCCUUGAGAAGCGCACGGCGCAGCAGUGCGGUAUGUCGGUCGCUGUCGUCUCGCGCGUCACGACCCAGAUCCACCUCGUCGACCCGCGCACAUGCCGCCGGUCGGAGGUCACGUCGGAAAAGUACUGGAAGCACCCCUUCCACGCGCUCGACACAGGCGCGUCGAUGGUCGAGUUUAUCGUGCUGGACGUCGAGCCGCUACAAGUGGCGCCCAAGGACACGCAAGACAGCGCCGAUCUGCUGGCGGUGGUCGAGGUCGCCCGCGUCUCGGACUUUGGCUUCAACGAUACGACGUUCCACGUGACGAGCCACCUCGGGCAGUACCUCUCGGCCGGCGACACGGUCAAGGGCUACGACCUCCGUAACUGCAACUUUGCGUCACUGCCACUGUACCACCUCAAGGACGAGCUUCCGGACAUCAUCCUAGUCCGCCGCGUGGUUCCGAAGAUGGACACGGAAGGAAAUCGCCAAGAGCGCAAGACGCUGCGCGUGCAGACAAGCAAGGCGAGCGCCAAGAACCGCGAGCGCGAAGAGGAAGAGUUUGACGCCUUCAUGGACGACUACGAGGAAGAUCGCGCCGGUGAAGAACGCAUCAACACACCGACGCUCUAG